AUUGAUUUGCGCAUGUCAGUUGUUCGCAUUGCAAAUGGCGGCACCUUGUUAUUGUUCAUGGCGUUUUAUGACUUGUCUCUUUAUAUUAGCGAUUAUGUCGAGUUUUUUCGUGAUCCCUGCCGCGCGCUGUGUGCCGAGAGUGAAAUAAGGCCCGUGCGGUGUGUUUUAGGUUAAGACCAGUGCCCGGGCGGUGUGCCUCCGUGCUGUACGGACGCGUGAAAUCCCGCACGGUGUCGGAAAGAAAUGGGUCACAGCUGUCAUAGUCUGAGUGCCGACUAAAAAUGUAAGUAAACAAGGUUACUAGUGCUGGUGUGAUUUGGAGCUGUCGGUGUACAACUGGCACACGACAUCUCAUCAUCACACACAUAUUGGAGCAACACCCCGAGGCGUUUCUAAACUCUCUGGGUAGUUAUGUGAUUUGUGGCUGUCAUGGCGGCAGAUAGUGAUGGUGAUCUUAUCGAGACGGUGGUAACGUGCGAGGGUGACCUCGGAGAUCCAAACUUUCCUCAAAAGUUUCAAGUCAUUCUUAAUUGUCUCAAAACAUUGCUUUGCAAAGAAAAGGGGGACGAUCUGAAAGUGAACAAGGUAGAACCAUGGAAUUCCGUCAGAGUAACGUUCUCGAUACCCAGAGAAGCUGCUCUGCGACUGCGGGAAUUAGCAGCUCAGGGUUCGCCGACGCUCACGCAACUCGGCAUACUUUCAGUACAAGUCGAAGGAGAUCAGGUAAUAUCUUUGAGGAUAGCCAGUCGCUUUGGCGGAGACACGCAAGAAAUCGUGCUGCACUCUGGAACCACGCAAGAGGGUGGAGCGAAGUCGCAAGGCGAUGCUACUAGUAAUACAGCUACUGCUGACACUAAUCCCUCGACGGUUUUGCCCGGUCCCAGCAAUGCCACCAGCAUUUCAUCAACGCUGCGCAAUGUUGCUCAGAUAAUAGCAGCUGGAACAUCGUCGGAGAAGACUCCCCAGUUUCGUUCUCCGAACGUAGUCGCGCCCACAGACUGUGAUCCUAUUCCACCGUUUCUCGCGAAACCAGUACAAUCCGCACCAGCGGGCAACGUUGGCGUGCCUGGAAGUCAGCAAGUGGUCAAUCCCAGUGCGUCUCCCAGGAACAAUUAUAACGGUCCCUUCCCGUUCGCCAGUAUGACGCACGCCGCCCAAGCGAUACACAGUCGCGAGUCGCAGACCACGACGAUGAAGAAUACGAUGCAGUUCAAGCAUCACACGCAACCACCACCGCCGUACCCGUCCCAGGAGAGUCUGGCGACGGUGACGGCGCUGACGACCGGUCACACGACGACCCAGCCGGUCGUCACUGUCGCGCAACUGACGAACCAGUACAAGCCCGCUACGAUCGCCACGGCAUCUAGUCUGUCACCAAACAACAGCAGCACCAAUCUGGCAGGAAGCUCGAACGGCAGUGGAAAUCAGGUUGCCUUGUCGAGCCCGUUACUCGUGAAUCUUUUGCAGAACGACGCUGGUGCCCACGCGAACAACGUAGCACCGAGUCAGAAGAUGUUACCACCGGCGGUUAUUGACAAUUCUGGACUCACUGGCCGCAUGAGAGCCACAAAGAAGCCCACGGUACGAAGGAAAGAUCUACCGUCGCCCAGCGAAUCGCCGCCGAAUUUGGAUCCGUCGAAAAGCGAGGAUCUGGUCGGAGGAACGGCUGCAACGACGACGGGGACGGCGGCAGCAGCAGCAGCAGCAGUUAUUUCUUCGGACUUGCCUCAGACUUCUACAUCUUCGGCGUUCGCGACUGUCAACGCUAAUCAACCGUCGACACUGCCACCGCAGCAGCACACGGUCAAUGUCGUCGGUGCUAGUGGUGGUGUUGGCGGUACCGUUGGCGUGGGGCAGAACAUGAUGCCGCCGCAAACGACGGUACACCAAGUACCGACGGCUGGUGGACAGAUGCAGCAGCAGCAGGCGACAGCUCUGCACAAUCAAGUACAAACGCAGCAGAAGUUUCCCAUUAGGCAGGAGUUGGCGUACAGGACUACGCAGGUCCAGAUGCAGAGUCAGCUCGCCGCCAGGCAUCCGGUGAACGGGCAACAGAUCAGAGCGUCUUUGCAGCAACGGCAGUUGUUACUUCAGCAGCAGCAGCUACUCACGCAACAGCAGCAACAGCAACAGCAGAUCAAUCCACAACAGAUUUCACAGGUCUCGGCAACGCAACAGGCUCUACUGCAGCAACAAAACACCACCACGCCGUUGCAAACCGCAUCUCUUGGGAAUCAGCCGCUGUUGCAGUCACAGCAACAGCAGAAUCAGCAAUUGCAGCAGCACCCGACGGUGGGCUUGGGCGUCCCGCAACAACGGCUAGGUUACUUAAACAGUCAACGUCAGCAGACUCCGCCGCCUUAUCCGAGGCAACCGGUGCCACAGCAAACGCAUUUAAGUCAACCGAAUCAAGGACUGAACGUGCAACAGCAGCUGCAUCAUAAUCAGGUGAAGAACGUGAACAUUAACACCGGCGCAACUACUGAUUUUCGUUACGGGCAGAGUCAGAAUAUCCUCAGUAGAAAUUACCAGUCUCCUGCGACGAGCAAUGCUAAUGGGACCACAACGUGGAACGCACAAAGCAAUUCUAUUCUACAAGUUGCUCAAGUCAACACUACGCGUUUGUUAGUCCCGAAUCAGGUUUCAGGUGCCUUUCCUCAAUGCGGGUCUCGCAUAAAUAAUUCGACCGCUAGCGUCGCCCCGUCUGCCAACAAGACGGAAGCCACGGAGUCUCCAAAGCCGGAGGAGGAUCCGGAACCGGAGCCGGAGUACACCUCGACCGGGAAAAUACGACAGUUUCUAAUUAAUCCUUUGACGGGACAUCUGGAGCCGAUGCCCAGUGAAAGUUCCGAUUCGGAGCCGGAGAGCGCGGUGGACAACCAGGACGAUUUCUUCUCCUUUCCGUCGCCGUCGAAUGAUCGUUCGAAUUCGAUAUUCUCCGACGACGACGCAGACAGCAAUUUCUCGCGGAGGAACGACACGACGACCAACACCGAUCAGUCCGAUUCCGAGACGACGGCCAAGUCCACCGCCAGCGAGGGAAGCCUGAAGCACAGCAGAAUAAAGUCGAGCAGAGAGACUGCGCACAGUCCGAUGCCAGGCGAGAAGAUCAAGCUGCGACUGAAACUUGAGAAAUCGGAGCCGGUUACGCCGGCGUACAAGGUCGACGUUUCCUUCGUGAACACGCCGCCGAUGCGAAAGGCCGACAAGUCUGUGAACAAGAUCUUUGGCGGCGUGCCGAGCACGGGAACGGGCGACGAGCAGCUGCGAGUGCCUCCGUUACACAUUUCUCUAAGGGGACGUAACGCUUCAGUAGUACAAAGGAAGAAGGAAAAGAAGUCGUUGAAGGAGGGCGAGAGCGACCUGAUCAAGAGGAAGGGCAAACUGAAGAAGAUGAAGGAGUGCAUCGACGGGAACAAACUGCUGCAGAAGAAAUCAUUGAGCAUGAUCAUCGGCACUUCGGCUGCAGCCUCCAAGUUACCUCUGUCGAAUUCCACGAUGAUAAACAACGCCAGCGCAGUGAUAAACACUGUCAACAAAGUGAGCAACCUGCUGCAAGCCGCUAUGACCAAACCGAAUGCCUUAAAACAGGAGCUACCAGUGGACGCCGUGCGUUUACAGACUGGCACCGUCACUAAGCCGAGCUCGAGCAAAAACAGCGACGUGGACGAUAUACCGUUGAACAGUAGAAUACCGUCUCCCUCGAAGCACAAGUCCGCGAUCCCGAGUCAGUCCUUGAACGCGCCACAAGCUUUAACCAAGAGUCAAGUGGAUCUCGAUGCGCAAAAUCACACGCAGGAACAUAAAAUAGGAGGAGGUAAAACAAAAAGAAGGGAUUCUAAGAAGAAAUCGGAAUCGGGAGACGGUUUACAUCGGGAACAGAAUCUGCUGUCGGGCGGUCGAAUCUUGGAUAAUCAAUCGAAAUGGAGGAAGCUUGGUUACAAGGGCGACGCAACGCAAAUGAUAAGAAAAUCGGAUUCGCUUUUAACUGGAAAUGAUUUCAGCGCAGUCAAGAAGGUCGGCGAGAUCCGACGAACGAGCGACAGCGACAUUAACAAGUCGAUCGUCGAGAAGAGCAAUUCGUUGAGCAGCGUGGCUCCCAGAUUAACGGAACUCAAUGGCGUGAAGAAGGACUUGAUAAGCCAAGACAAGAGAAGACGGUUAAGUUUGAUGGAUGAAAAAGAUCUGCAUUUAGGAGAAUCUCCGAAUACCGAAGUUACACACUUCAACAGUCAGAAGGCAGCCUCGGAAUGUCUCGCGAGUACGAUACCAACAGUGAAGGCGACCGUAGCUGUAUCCUUCGAGAGCGAGGCUGGAUUGAAAACGAUGAAUUCGUCGAUGCAGCAGGGCGACUCCAGAAACUCGUCCAACAAUCCUGAGAGUAAAGUAGCCGUGCACACCGAGACCACGACGAAGAACUCUCAGCCGUCUCCCGUGACGAGGAUACUCUCGGUCAAGAGUAAAUCGGACAUGGAGAAUUACAUCGCGACCGUCAAGAGUCAGAAUAUCGGUCAGAAGUUGAAGAAUCACGUAGUGGCCAAGUGCGAUGUGAACACCAUCCUAAACAGACACAAGCCCCUCGAGCGGGCGUGUUACGGUAAGAGGUCGAAUCUACUGAAUGUGAUGGAAGUCGACAGGAUCACGGGAACGGUGGCGGACAAAAAGGCGGAAAGUGCGACGAAGAAGAUCAGCCUGCUGAAGACUACACCUACAGUGAUCGGCAACUCGAUGGAGCAAACGAGCAGGCCACCGACUAUCGACGUGCAAGCCACGAACAAGCCGACUCUGCCGAUCGGUGAGAUAAACGUGACCGAGGCGAAGGUGAAGCAGAAGCUGCUCGAGAGUACAACAGUGCCGAUCGGAAUCGGCGUGGACGCGAAUCUGGAGAGAGUCGGCAGCGGUGGGGGCGGUGAGGACUCGGGUAUCGAGUCGAUGGACGCUCUCUCCGAGAAAUCGCCGAACCAAGGGGAGUCUCCGUUGCACAGGCCCGCGUCGGCGACCGAGUCGGUGACGCAGAGCGGCGCCAAGAACGCUAUACAGGGCGAGCCCGCCCUGUCAACCACCAAUAAGAACGUGCCUUCCUCAACUAGUGGUAGUGAUAUGUGUUCAAAUUCCCAUUCGGAACUUCUCAAGUCCAGUGGCCCGCAAAGAUUAAGUCCCGUGUCCGUGGCGAGUUAUCUCGAGAAUCAGCUGAGUCGCAAUAUAUCAAACUCCGGUGAGCAUGAGGCGAAGGGUGUGUCUAGUGAAAAGUCAUCGGCAGUUGCAAGAACUGGUGGUGCUAGUGUUAGUGGUAACGAUGCUAGUGCGGGUAGUGGACACAGUGAUUUGGUCACCGGUUUGGACGCGGUGAGCGGCGACAAGGGUACGCCCAGUCCGCUGGUGACAGGAACGGUGACCAUCGCGACCGCGGCGUCCGCGGCGAGUACGAAUAGUGCCGGCAGUACGAAUAGUGAUAAUAACUUAUUGCAAUGCGCGCAUCAGCAACAAGCGAAGGACUUCAUCGACAAGGACGGUUCUAGCGUUAAAUUAGAGAGUACCGUUAACCAAAACGAUCAGGGUAAGGCGAACUCUAAGCACGAGGAGUCGAGAGCUGCGGACAACGCGAACUCCGAAGAGAGCGCGGAAAGUAACAGUGCAAUUAGAUUAAGCGACGAACCUCAUGGACAGAAUAAUAAUAACGGUGUGCCUAUAAUACAAAAUCAUGUUGCUUAUAAUAAAAUUGAGACGAAGCUCGACAGUGUGCUCGUGAACAGCACCGGCGGCGCGGCGACAGUAACAGCGGACAGCAACACGUGCGCGAGCGGCGAGAGCUGCGAUCCAGAAAUCAAAGUAGAAUCUAAAAUUAACGUCAAGGUGGACGACACCAGGCAGGUCGAUCGGUUCUCAGAUGUCUCGAAGAAUGGUAAUAACAUUUCGCUGAACGCGACUGCUGUCAAGUUUGAGAGCAGCGCCGAGCAGAGCCAGAAGUGCGGCGUGCAGAGUCAUCAUCAGCCAAUCGCGCUCCGGGAGCCAUCCGUGAAUCUUCAGAAAGUGGCAGACGAUCUGGUGAAGAAGAUGGUGAACGACUCGAGCGAUCUGAGCGUCGGUAUCCAGUCGCCCCUCGGCGAGGAUCCGCAGCCUAUCAGGAUCACGCCGCCCCUGUACACGUACUCGAACCCCGUGGUCCUGCAGCGGGACGAGACACCGAGCCCGGCGGCGCAGAAUCCCGAAGUCGACUCGAGCGACGUGGAGCAUCUGAAGCGCAAACGCAGGCGGAAGCAGGAGCUCGAGGGUCGGCAGGAUGUAAUAUGCAUCGAGGAUAACGACGAGGGUCACUUCGUCGAGAGGCUCAACUCCAACUCGGACGAGUACGUGAAGAGACCGCCGAAAUCGUUGCUCGAGCAGCUUCUAAUCGAUAUCCCGAACGACGAGAAACGGUCGUUACGCACCAGAUCGCAGAAGCUGAACAGCCCGGAUAUCGCGAAAACACCGAAGAGCAGCCCUCACGGUCCUAAUAAGUUAGAGGAGCGUCGUAGUAUAUCGCCCUUCGCGAAAGCGAGUCCGAAACUGGCAGUGUCGAAACUGUCACCUAACGCGACAAUAAAGAUAGGGAAACGGAAAAGGCAAGAGAGCGAGAGUUCCGUUGCAUCGAGCACAGCUGAUGAUCCACAGCCGAGACCAGGUAAACGGAAAUGCUCAGAGAAUGCCGCAGAACUUAUUAAAGCUUGCAUGGGUGUAGAAGAGGCUGGUUCUAUAAAGAAACAAGUACCUGGCAAGGAAGAGCAAUCAAAGAAGGGGUUCAACAUAUUGACAAAGGCUAAGAAAGGUCCCAUUGUGGUAGAAGUAGAUUCGUCUGAUGACGAACCGUUGAUUGAGUCUGUAGGAAAAGCAAGAGUACGGUUGUCAGACGAUACAUCCGCUGCUUCCCCAAAGCCUAAAGAUCAAAAUAAUAGAGUGCAAAGAGAGAGCCGUUUGUUAACCACCAAGCAGCCGAGUACAACGGUAACGACGGUAACGACGACGAUGACACCGACGACGACGACGACGGCAAUGACUGUCACGACGACGAUAGCAACGACGGUAACGAUGACGACGACUGUGACGGCGACGCCGGUGAGUACACCAACGACGGCGACGCCGAUGACAACACCGACGACAGCGACAAUGACGACGUCGACGACGACAGCAACGGCGACGGCGACGGGGGUGGCGACGACGACGACGGCGGCGGUUGCAACGGCAGCGACGACGACGAUAACAGCAGUGGCGACGACAACAGCGACAAUUACUGUCGGGAAGGAGAGAUUACGGGGUACUUCCGUGUCCAGCAACGAGUCCGUGGGCGAAGUAACAACGAGAAGGUCUGUACGGCAGAAUACAGCUUCACCGCUAGCUACACCAGCGAGCAAUACUAGGGGCGCGUCCAGAUCCUCCGAUGAUAUUAACAGACGAAAAACUCGCAGCGGUGCUGCAACGGCGGAAACGGCGGAGCAGGCGAAACGGAGGCGAAUAUCCCGAGAAAACAAAUGACCUUCGGGAAGCGACCUUGACAGUGAUUAGCUACCGUCGCUCGUCAAGGCCUAUCUGUCCGACUGCAAAACCAACGUGAAUGGGUAUUUGAUCGCCGUAUGGCUGGAUCCCACCUGGUGAAACUGUAAUGCGUCACACUAAGCGCACAACUGUUGCUGUAUGCGUAUAACAAACGGGAGUAUCGUGUCAAAAGAGAGGUGCUGGACGGUGUGAAGGCAUUUUUUCAAUGCUGUAAAAUAUUCGUUGACCAAUCUCUUAAGUUAUGCAUGGAAGAUAGUAUACAUAUCGUUCUCUCGUGUAUUUUCUUUCUGCUUCUCUUGCUGUCUCUCCCAUUCCCCCUCACCUCCUCCCUCUCUCUUUUUUCUUUCUCUUCUUUUCUCUUCUCUCUUUCCAGUUGUGUCGUUUAUUCUCCUUAGCGCGUAGAUCGUAAGGAUUAUAUUGUUGGAAGUAAUUGUUUAAAAAGAGUUUCUUUUUUAUACAUAUAAUGAAGCAUUGAUUAUUAUUAAUUGUUAUGUUCUUAAAUGUUUAAGAAUGACGUAUCUAAAGAACAAAAUAAAAGAUUAGCCUACUUUUUGUCGUUCUAUUUUCACCGUCUAGCGUUCUCAACUCUUUAUGCUGUACUCCUGAGAUAGAGAGACAACAAAAAAAAAAUAUAUAUAUAUAUAUAUAUAUAUAAAGAGGUUUAGUUACUCAGAUUCGAUCUGCUCAAUGCAUCACACUACGAUCUAAGUAACUGAACUGGACUCAAAUACUGCCGAGAUAUUGUGUGUAACUUUCUUUUACCAGUUCGAUGUUUCAUUCUACACUCGCAAGUACUAAAAAUCCUCAUUCUUCAAUGUGCAAUUUUCUAAUGUGGGUAGAUGUAAAAGGAAGGAAAGAACCUAGUUGUAGUAAGAUCUCUCUAAGAGAAAUUUAAAACUCUAGCUACUUAUGUUUCGGAAAUCAUCUUCUUCCAGAGUGUAAAUCUCUUUCGUUCAUUGUAUCAGUACAAAGUGAUGAAGAAAGAAAGAAAAAAAAAGUAAAGGAAAAACGGUAAAAGAAAGUCCAAGUCUUUGAAGGCGAAUUAAGUAAUUAAUCGCGAAUCCGACACUGUUACUGCCGUAAGUAAAGAAAAUAAUACAUAAUUUAUCACCGACGAAUUUGCUAACUUGGUGGGAGGGGCAUAGAUUGCUAGCUCUGACGACUUUGCUGAUAGACUCUGCUUAGGCAUGCCCCCGAUUGUCUGUACACAUUUAUUUAUUUAUCGUGUGUCGUCUCUUUAUUUCUGUUACACGAAAAUCUUUCUCCGUGCACGUGCGUGUAAGUGAAAUGCACAUAUUACAUGGUAACGCGGUACGGAUUUUUCUCGCACGUUGAUUAGUUUCCGCCAUGUAUACCAUAAGCCACGCUUAUUCGGAAUGCUUACUCACGCAAAAGAUUGAAAUGUUUCUCUUCUUUCUGGUAUGAUUUUGAAUGAUUAGACGGCAUCUUCGGAAUCCGGACAAGAUGAAUUCUUUCUUAUUCGCGUUUUUACGCAGUAACAUAAUAAGGAUGAUAUAGCAACAAUCGUACGAGGAUUCUUUUUUGUGGGGUUCAUAAAUAUUCCUAUUCAAUAGUUCUAAACGUAGAAAUCUGGUAAUUACAGCCAAUGCGGUAAACAUGGUCUCUCAGCAAGAGAUUCGUCUCGAGUUAUGAUAAUAUCGCGGUGGUCGGAAGAGAAAAACGUAGAACUUUUAAAAAGGGAUUUAUUUUUAUUUAUAAAAACGCGAACACAGUGAACGUUGGAAGACAUGCAUAAAAAUAUAUGAAGAUGAUAAAAGAAUAUAUAUAUAUAUACAUAUAUAAAUGUAUGUAUAUAUAUAAUUCUGAUAUAAGAAAGCUAAAAUUAAUACAAUGUUAAUUUGAUAGGUAAUAUAUGAACGAAUAUAUUUUGUAAAUAAUUUCUUGUAAAGAUGGAUGAAGAAUCCUCCCGUUGUACAUAUAGGAACUGUUUAAAUUUUUAUUAUAAAUUAGUAAUAAUUAAAGUCGUGCAAAAAAAUCAGUCGUGGUCAUUGUAAUUAUUAUUAUUAUUAUUAUUCUCUCGCGUUCAUGUAAUUAGUAACUAACUUCUCUUACAAAACUGAAGCGCUAAAUUACAUGUGCAUACGUACAUAUACAAGAUUGUAAAUCUAUAUGUAUGUGAUUUAUAUUGAUUAUUGUUUUUGUGAACAGAUAAUCUAGUUUUAUAUUAUACAUAAAUAUUAACUUAUACAGUUGAGAAUUUAAAGUUCUAGAGCUGAGCCUGCAGUAGUCAUCACGUAGCACUGUUCACACACAUUUUAUGGAAGAGUAUGCAUUUGUUGUUUGCAGUUGUUUCGUCAACGGACAUCUCAUUCCUCUCGCAGCGACAAAAUCAAAUGAAUGUAGAAUGUCGUUUAGCCAUUUCAAUCAUUUCGAGGAUACCAUAUCGUUCAUUUUAUUACGAUAAUUAACACUUUGUGUCUCUAAUUAAUUGAAGCGUUUAUGUUAAACUUGCUGUAAUGAGCUUUUCGUAAAGUUACUGCUUGUGCUCAGACGAAUGCUCUAAAUGUAUAACAGAUUUAAAGUAUUCGUUUGCGAUUAAGUUAAUUGUGCAACGUAAUCAUAUAAUGUAUCUACUGUUAAUGUGUUUGACUGUUAACAUUAAAAGUGACGUAAUCUGAAAUUCGGUUACGCUUUGUUUCUCGGACAUAUGCAGCUCUGUAGAGAGAGAGAGAGAAAGAGAGAGAGAGAGAGAGAGAGAGACUCGCCCCUUACAGACCAAAUGCACGUUUAUUAUAUGAUGAAAAGAGAGAGAGAGAAUGGGAAAUCGUCGCUACAGUCGUUGUUACGAGCGUAGAAUGUACAAAAUAUCGAUGUAAGUGCAGUGCUCAAUUACGCGGCGCGCGUAAAGAUUAUCCAACACUUCUUUUCCCAAAGGGUUUGAUGGCUACCAGGCAACAUUUCUUUGAAUAGAGAAUGCUUCUCUCACACGCUAAUGUUAAGUACUGAAUCGGCGCCUAAAAUGGGAAUGCAAACUUCAAUGUACGAUGUUAAUCAAGCGAGAUGAAAGGAAGAUUGCGCUGAUCGGUGCUUCGCGGCUUGGUGCAGGUUUGAGUUUCCCAAUUUGGACGUCGACGUCGAGCUAUUUAGUUAGAAUAUUGCUUGUUUACGCAGAAUUUAUUUCUCUAUUAGACAGUGUGGGUUACAUUGUAUAUAAUAGCAUGCUUAUUUUACUCGUCGAUGGGGGAGAAAUCACGCAACCUGACUGUAUAUAAAAAACAAUUCACGGAAGGCACGGAGACGCGCGUCUCGUCAUUCAAUCCUCGUAUCACCCAUUGCAUAAAGCAAAUGUAGGAGAUCGAGUGUAAUAUAUAUAUAUAAUAAUUUAAUAAUGCAAUAUAUAUACAUACAUAGUAUGUAUAUAUAUAUAUACACAUAUAUAUAUACAUACGCAAGAGUAAUUAAGGGAGAGAAAAAAAGAGGAAAGAUUGUAAUUUCGAUGUAAAAUAUUCUUCUCUCGCGUUAGGUAGUUAGAUAGGCUAGGCAUUAUUACGUUACAAUUUUAUCAUUGAAUAUUACAUUUAUAUGAUUGUAUAGACUACAAAACGCAGGAGAAUAAGUCCUUUUCUGUAAAUACAGGUAUCCCUCGUCUAUAAGUGUAAGCCGAGACACACACACACACACACACACAACACACAUUUAGUGUGCUCGCAUAAUUAAGGAGCUUCUUCGAGGAGUAUCUUUGUCGUGUUAAUCGCAUGGGUAUGCGUGCAACGUGAGAAAGAAAGAGAGAGAGAGAGAGAACGAGAGAAAGAAAGGAGAGAAAAGAGAGCAAGCGGUUGAUAAUGCGCCAAAGAUCAGAUACCGAAUGUACAAUGUACUCCGGUGUGUGAGUAACCGUUGACAGCCAACGCGGUUGAGGGUAGUCGGUGUACGUGUAGUAUACGUGUGUGCUAGAGAAGCUCAAAUAAAACGAUUGCUGUUGACGUUUUGUUUCAUGAGGAAAAAACAAAGGAAGAAAUCGGUGGGUGUGAGCUGCAACACCCUCCAACAUUUCCGCGCAUGUCUCUGAUAAUUAACAGCAAAUCGCGAUCGCUCCUUGAGCCAGUUUAUACAAUAAAUACAGUAUGCUUGAGAGAGAGAGAGAAAGACGAGCUCCUUAAUUUUGUAGGCAAGACCGCAAACAUUACAUUAUGUAUAUGGGUGUACGUUUUAAAAGGCGUCACCGGAUGCCGGAGGAUGAGGCGUCCGACGACUUUAAGACGACUGCUGUAUGCAAAGAAACAUUUGUAUUUUUAGUAUUCGGUUAUACGACGUAUAAAUAGCGGUAAAAAAAAGGAGGUAAAUGAUUGAUAAUAAUCCCGGGCAGAUGAACCUAUAUAUAUACGUAUGUAUAUAUAUAUAUAUUUCAGACAGAAUGUGUAUAUAUAUAUAUAUCUAUAUAUAUAUAUAUAUGUAUAUAUCAAGAGAUAAAGAAUUAGAUACUAUAUAUUAUAUUUGUAGAAACGAUUGAGCACACGUGAGAAAUGCGCGCGCGCGCGCGCGCGCUAUGAUUAUAUGAAGAGGAAAAUAUAUUACAAUUAUAUUAUUACCUAUUAUUACACAAAGUGAAUACACAACAUAGUAAUUUGCUAAUUGUAUCUUUUAAUAAUUACUGUAGACACAUUGAUGAAAAAGGUUUUUUUCUUGUUAUUAAUUAUUAAUUACCAUAGACUCUCUUAUAA